AUGGGAAAAAUGUGUGAAAAGAAGCUUCUAGUCAAACCAAGGUUUGUGCCAAGACACUCACUUUCCAUAAAACCAUACAUGUCGUUUCAUUUUGUUAUUGGCAAUCCUCACGAUUCAUUACUGCUCGAAACUAGAAUAAUAACCAUUACAUUAUGGAACCAAUCUCUCAAUCACAUCAAAAUCAUGGGUUUAGAAGCUAUAUUCUUUAUUCUUGAAGUAUGGUUGUUGAGCCAUUUAGUUUCGUCUCAAUGGACAAAAGUACUAAAGCAUAGUACUUUUUCUGAGUAUAGAAUUAAAUUCAAAGAACCGCGUCUUUGUGAUAAAACUGUUCAACAGUAUUCAGGGUAUUUUGAUAUUAAAGACACUAAACAUUUAUUCUUUUGGUUUUUCGAAUCGAGAAGUAAACCUCAAGAAGACCCGAUCGUCCUUUGGCUUUCCGGUGGCCCAGGAAAUCCUUCUGUGAAAAGUUUAUAUUUCGAACUUGGUCCUUGCUUUGUUAAUCCAGGAGGAAAUGAUACAACUCUUAAUCCUUACUCAUGGAAUAACAACUCUAGUUUAAUUUUCUUGGAUCAACCAAUUAAUACAGGAUAUUCUUAUGGUGAUGAUGUAUCUGAUUCUUUCACCGCUGCACAUGAUAUAUACGCAUUUUUACAAAUCUUUUUUCAAGAAUUUCGCCAAUAUGCUAAUUUAAAUUUUCAUAUUGCUGUAAACCCGCUAGUGCAAUUUAAAUACUAUCCAGAUAUUGCCUGUGAUUCACCUUAUGGACCUGUAUUAGAUAAUUCAGCUUGUAACCAGAUGAGAAAAGAUUAUAUUCAAUGUGCUAAAUUGACUAAAACAUGUUACGAUUCAAAAAAUAUACCAGAUUGCGUAACAGCUGAACAAUGUUUUAAUGGAAUGACCCAAAUUUAUCGGAAUACCAAUAGAAGUGAUUUUGAUAUAAGAAAAUCUUGUAAAGAAGAUUCGUGUUAUCCAGAACUCCAAGAUAUCGCGAAAUAUUGUAACCGUGAAGAUGUUAAGAUUGAAUUGGGUGUUAAUCUUUCGUUGGCCUUUCAACUUUUAAACGCGAAUAUUUUUGACAAAUUCUUCAAUUCUGGUGAUAUAAUACGUCGUUUCGACAUAUAUAUUCCAUCACUCUUGGAAAGCAAAAUUCGAGUAUUAAUAUAUGCUGGCGAAUUUGACUUUAUUUCUAAUUGGCUUGGUUGUGAUGCGUGGACAAAAGCGCUUAAAUGGAGCGGCACUGAAGGCUUUAACAAUGCUAAUAUUUCUCGUUGGAUAACGACUACUGGUAAUUAUGCUGGUGAUGUUAGAACAUUUAAAGGAUUUACGUUCCUGAAAAUCUUAAAUUCAGGUCAUUUAGUACCAGUUGAUCAGCCAAUUGCAA